AAAGACACAGUCUCUCACGCUGAAACAGAGGGAUGGAUAGAUACCUCAGAAACGCAGGCCCAAGCCCUAGCGAGCGAACAAAUAUAGAGAUCGAAGAAGAAGAGAACAAAAACUACUAAGCUCCGAUCAUGGCGUUCACUUCACGUCUUCUAUCCAGAUCCAAACAGCUGUAUGGCAGUCAAGUCAUUCUGCAGCAGAAGCAUGUUAUUCCAGUCCGUUUUUUUGCCAAAAAAUCUGAACCUCCAGCUCUUAAGGGAGAUGAGAUGCUAAAGAACAUCUUUCUGGAUGUCAAGAAGAAAUUUGAGACAGCCAUUGGAAUACUUAGGAAGGAGAAGAUCACCAUAGAUCCUGAUGAUCCAGCUGCUGUGAAUCAAUAUGCGAAGGUCAUGAAGACAAUUAGAGAGAAGGCUGAUUUGUUCUCUGAGUCACAGAGAAUAAAACACACUAUCGAGACACGAACUAAGGAUAUUCCAGAUGCUCGGACAUAUUUGUUGACAUUGAAGGAAAUACGAAUUAAGAGAGGUCUCACUGAUGAACUUGGUGCAGAAGCUAUGAUGAUGGAUGCUUUGGAGAGAGUUGAAAAGGAAAUCAAGAAACCUCUCAUGAGGAGUGAUAAGAAAGGAAUGGCUCUUCUAAUGACAGAGUUUGAUAAAAUUAAUAAGAAGCUUGGAAUUCGCAAGGAAGAUCUUCCAAAGUAUGAAGAAGAGUUAGAACUCAAAAUUGCCAAAGCACAAUUAGAGGAGCUGAAGAAAGAUGCUCUUGAGGCCAUGGAAGCCCAAAAGAAGAGGGAAGAAUUCAAGGACGAGGCAACGGUGGAUGUGAAAUCUUUGGAUAUCCGGAAUUUCCUUUGAGAAUGUGCAGUGCUUGUUGAUGGGUUUUGAUUUGAUGUUAAACAACUGGUCUGACACAAAGGAGGCCAACCUGCAUAGGAUGUGGAGACUACCUCAUCUGUUUUGCUUGAUAAUAAAAAGGAUUGCAGUUACAACUGCAGCAACUGAGUAGAUAUUGUGCUGCUGUUAUGUAUUCAAUUUAAUUGAAAUGAAGAGCUGGAGAUAUUUUGUCGCUGCUUUUGCUAUGAAAUGAUAUUUCAGGAAGUUCUCUUUAA